CCAAGUGUUUGACAGUGGAGCGGCGUUAAUAGUUUCAGGCCGGACGUAUUUUUGGAGCUACACCGCCAACAUGGACGCUGGUUCUCAGCGUGUUUUACAGUAUUUAACAGAAGUUGAAGAGGCAGCUGAGGAUGUUCUCACUACUAAACAGCAGAUCGUAGACCUGGACAUGAAGAGGAACAGCAACAGGGAGGCGCUGAGGGCCCUGAGACAUGACAUGGCAGACACAGAAAAAGUCAAGUUGUGCUUUGGUAACAUGUUCCUCAAAUUCUCCAAAUCCAAAGCAAGAGAGAUGAUUGAGAAAGAUCAGGAGCAGCUUGACAAGGAGAUCAGUGAUCUUCGUAGAAGCCUGAAAGCAAAAGUCAACUGUCUCAAUGAGAUGCAAGGAAAACCUGAGCUCAGAGGCUACGACCUGUGUCCACUGUCCACUGAAGAACUGAAAGCUAUUAACAGCCUCCUGACGAGGUGACCUGCUGGCGCCACGUUUCUCUUCACAGCUCUGCCAAACAGACAGACAGAUCCAAGAAAUCCUACAGUGAAAGUGUUCUGAUGUGGGUCUUCCAGGAUUAAUAUUUAGCAACAGUUAUCAGGGCUCCUAACCAGCCACAAUCCUUGGACUGGUCCCUUUUUUAAGGCUGCUGCAGCCUUGGAGCUGAAUUUAAGUGUGUAUGUUUUGAGUUUAUUGGUUAGAACCUCUUUUUAUUCCCCACAUUUUGUUUAAAAACAGAACUAAUAAAAGAGUUUCUGGGUU